AUGUCUCACCAGAAAAAGCAGCCCACCCCUCAGCCCCCAGUGGGCUGUGGGAAAACCUCCGGCGGCGGCGGCGGCGGCGGCUGCGGCGGCGUCUUCUACAGCGGCGGCGGCGGUGGCUCCGGUAGCUGCGGCGGCUCCGGGGGCGGCGGCGGCGGCUCGGGUGGAAGUGUCAAGUAUUCUGGAGGCGGCGGCAGCUCCGGCUGCGGCGGCGGCUACUCUGGCGGCGGCGGCGGUGGCUCUGGUGGAAGUGUCAAGUAUUCCGGGGGCGGCGGCAGCUCCGGCUGCGGAGGCUACUCCUCCGGCGGCGGCUCCUCCAGUACCGUCUGCUACUCCAGCGGCGGCGGCGGCGGCGGCACCGGGAGCGGCUGCUACUCCAGCGGCGGCGGCUCCUCCGGGGGCGGCUGCUACUCCAGCGGCGGCGGCGGCGGCUCCUCCGGCCAGCAGGUCCAGUGCCAGAGCUACGGGGGCGUCUCUAGUGGGGGCGACUCCGGCUGCGGCGGCAUCAUCUCCGGGGACGGCUCCGGCUGCGGCAUCAUCUCCGGGGGCGGCUCCGGCUGCGGCGGCAUCUCCUCCGGGGGCGGCUCCGGAUACUUCUCGUCCUCUCAGACCUCCCAGACCCCGUGCUUGCCCCAGCAGAGCUACGGAGGGGGCUCAUCCGGCGCCGGUUGCGGCGGCGGUUCCUCCGGGGGCGGCGGCUGCGUUUCCAGCGGUGGGGGCGGCAGUGGAUCCGGCUGCGUGGGAGGCUCCUCCGUGGGCGGCGGCGGCUGCUUCUCUAGCGGUGGGGGCGGCAGCGGUUCCGGAUGCGGCGGCGGCGGCUCCUCCGGGGGUGGUUCCGGGGGUGGCAAGGGCGUCCCAGUCUGCCACCAGACCCAGCAGAAGCAGGCGCCUACCUGGCCAGGCAAGUAA